GAAUUUGGGACUAUUCCUAUCCUAUCUCAGUUCAAACCUUGUAACAGACACAGGUGAAACGUGUUAGUUUUCCAGCAGCAAGCCGCCAUAGCCACCAAAGAAAAUGAAACUCAAGUCAAAAUUACAUGCAAAAAUGAAUACGGAAGAAGCACAUUAAGAUGAUGCAUAAAAAAAAAAAAAAACAUGCAUGCAAUUCAUUUUUUAUCCGUGUUUUGGCUUCUUUUUUUCCACGACAAUGUGAUAAGGAUUUGCGAUUAUGCUUAUCCUAUCUCAGUACAAAACUUGUAAUGAUAUAGGUGAAACAUGUCAAUGUCCCACCAACAGACCACCAUUGACAUUAAUGACAUGGAGCUUAGAGACAAAAUUGGAACCGGAAGAAGCCUAUAAAUAUGCUGCCUUCUCUAUGACGACCACAACCACCACCAUCGCCACCAAUGCAUUUGAUGGGGACUGAAUUGAAACUUCGGAUCCGAGACACCGCGGCGCACUGCCGUCUUACCAAGCUUUUGUCUGCAUUCCAUGUCGAAACGCAACACCAAGAGAAUUUCUUCUUCGACGGUGCAAACAACGAGCUGUCAUCACGACAAGUCGUGCUCUUCCUUCGGUUCUACAGUGAUGACACCCCACAAUGCUUCAUGUCACUCAAAGCCAGGGCAGUCCUGGACGAGGGUGUGUACAGGGUUGAUGAGGAGGUGGAAGAGAGUUUCGAGCCAGCGGUUGGGCGCGCCUGUAUCGCCCAACCGGAGAAGCUUUCGUCGGUGGAGUGUGGAAUCUUGAAGAGGUUGAAGGAGGAGUUUGGGGUUCGCAACUUUGUAGGGCUUGGAGGGUUUGUCAAUGUGAGGGAUGUGUACAAGUGGGAAGGCUUGAAAUUGGAGGUUGAUAAGACUCUGUUUAAGUUUGGGACUAGUCAUGAAAUUGAGUGUGAAACUAGUGAUCCUGAAGGAGUCAAGAAGGUUCUUGAGGAGUUCUUGAAGGAGAAUGGGAUUCAAUAUUCUUACUCACAGGCUUCAAAGUUUGCGGUUUUUCGAUCCAAGAAACUUCCACAGUUACUGAAUUGAUUUAGGUGAAUUUCAUAAAUUUGGAAGCAGUAAUGGUUAGGUUGAUGGGAAUGAAAUUUUUGGGUUGUCCUUGUGAUUUAAAAUUGAAUUGGCUGCAUUUAGGAUUAAGAGCUAUGAGUUCAAUCGGUCUCUUUUUUCAUUGAGUCUUCCAAAUGAUGGAAAAUGUAGACACCAACCAACUGUUUUAAAUUCUACUAUAUAUAUAGCCCUUUUUACAGAAAA